CUGUUCUGCUGCCAUUUUCUCUUUGUUCACCGAUCUGGAAGGAAAUCACUAUACCAAGGACGGAUUGAAGUCAAACACUCAUUGUAUUAUCAUUCCUUCUUUUCUGAAGGACAAAACAAGUUAAAUAUGUACGGUACUGUAUACAGUGGCAGCCAAAACCUGUAUAGGCAUGGAAAUGAACAGCAGGGAUUUGGAGGUAAUAAGAGAUUUUGGAAUCCCAAUCAAGGUGGACCCAAUGGUAAUAUAUAUGGAAGCUACAAUCCUGGCUUCAACAAAGGUGGAAAACCUAUUUAUAACCAAAAUGGUGCUCACUUGAAUGGAAAAAAGAAACCUCAACAACAACAGCAGCAACAACAGAAAUCCAGCAAUGAAGGAUCUCCCUUAGGCAGUCCUACCAACAAUAAGGGUAAAACACAGCCUGGAGAUAACCUUAAGAAGCCACAAUGGGAUGUAACUGCUUUGUUGCCAUUCCAAAAGAAUUUUUAUGUUCCUCAUAAGGCUAAUGCAGACAGUAGGAGCGAAGAGGAAGUUGUCCUUUUCCGUCUAUCAAGAGAAAUAACUAUUAAAGGAAAUAGAGUACCCGCACCUUCUCAGUUCUUUGAAGAAGGCAAUUUUCCUGAUUAUCUGAUGACGGAAAUAAUUCGGCAGGGAUUUGCCAGGCCAACUGCCAUUCAGGCCCAAGGCUGGCCGAUAGCAUUGUCAGGCAGGGAUUUAGUUGGCAUUGCCCAAACUGGCUCUGGAAAAACACUUGCUUAUAUAUUGCCGGCUGCAGUGCAUAUCAACCAUCAAGAUCGCCUGAUCAGAGGUGAUGGCCCAAUUGCACUUAUUCUGGCUCCUACCCGGGAGCUUGCUCAGCAGAUCCAGAGUGUUGCGCAAGAAUUUGGAUCUUCUUCCAUGAUUAGGAACACUUGUAUUUUUGGUGGAGCUCCUAAAGGACCUCAAGCUAGGGACCUUGAAAGGGGUGUGGAGAUAGUUAUUGCCACUCCUGGAAGAUUAAUAGAUUUCUUGGAAAAGGGAACCACCAACUUGAGAAGAUGCACUUACCUUGUUUUGGAUGAAGCUGAUAGAAUGUUAGAUAUGGGCUUUGAACCCCAAAUUCGAAAAAUUAUCGAACAGAUCAGGCCUGAUCGCCAAGUUCUCAUGUGGUCCGCUACCUGGCCAAAAGAAGUGCAAGCUCUUGCUGAAGAUUUUCUUAAUGAUUAUAUUCAGGUCAAUGUUGGAUCUUUGGAACUUGCUGCCAAUCACAAUAUUCAUCAAGUAGUCGAAAUCAUGGAAGAGACCGAAAAAGAAACAAGAUUGUCUUCACUAUUGAGAGAAUUGGGCCACCAACCUGGUUUCAAAGCAAUAAUAUUUGUUGAAACAAAGAAAAAAGUUGAUGACAUUACUAAAGCUAUCAGAUCAGAAAAUUGGCAGGCCAUUGGAAUCCAUGGAGAUAAAUCACAGCAGGAACGUGAUUACGUUCUUUCAGAGUUCAGAAAUGGAAAGUCUCCUAUUCUUGUUGCAACAGAUGUUGCAGCCCGAGGUUUAGAUGUUGAAGAUGUUAAAUUUGUUGUUAAUUAUGAUUAUCCAAACACUUCUGAAGAUUACAUCCAUAGAAUUGGAAGAACUGGACGUUGUUCACAGUCCGGAACAGCUUACACAUUCUUCACACCUACAAAUCAGCGCCAAGCUAAAGAUCUGAUAGCUGUACUUGAAGAGGCUAACCAACCUGUUAGUGCCAAGCUCUUAGAAUUAGCAAAUCAGGCCAAAGCCAACUAUAAUGGACGAAAUAAAUGGAACAACAGAAACAAUCAAAAUACUAACAAAAAUAAUGAUUCGAGGGUUUCCAACAACAUGAAUGGUGGGAGAAGCAAUUCUAGCAUGACAUGGACCCCAACUAGCCAACAGUCACAGCAGAUACAACAGCAUCCUAUUUCAUCGCAACCUCCAGUACAACACCAGGCCAAUAUGGGUCAAGAUUACAGAAACCCAAGGUACCCUCAACCUCAAAAUGGCCAACAGCAACGGAGGCCUUAUCAGAAUGGGCAAAGGCAGCAGGGUGGCUAUGUUCAACACCAAAGGUAUGGAGGUAACAACAUGAACCCACAAGCCAAUAUGAAUCGAGGUUACAAUCGCUACCAUAUGCAGCAGCAGCAGCAACAACAGCAAGCAACUGCUGGAAAUGGAAGCAAUGAAAUGUACAUGUCAGCACCACCAUAUAUGGACCCGACAGCUGGAAUAGUUAACCAUAAGUUUUGGGGAGCCAGGGGUGGAAGCUGUGGGUACCAGGGGGCAGGAGCCCCUCAGUCAGCGACCACUCACUACUACCCCGCCCAGCACCAUGGCCCUCCUUCGCACCCCCCUCCACAGGCGUUCUAUCAAUACGCUGCUCAGCCCCAACCUCAGGCUGUUCAGCAAUAUAUUGAAUUACAAUCCCCUGUGUUCCAUGGCUAUUUGCUAGAACCGUACUAGUACAAGCAAGUACACAUGUACUAUUGUCGGUUGAAUUACAUCAUCAAACAAUGUGAUUUACCACUUUUAAUUGAGAAUAGUCAUUAGGAUUAAGUUGUUUUUAAUAACUCGUGGGAGCAGCCUCGACAUAUAUUUGUUUGAUUUUAUUGUUUAUCAAAGGUAUUAGUUGAUUAAGAUUUUCUUAGUCAUAUUUGACUAGAUCUGAAGUAUUUUGGUAUUUCGUAAAUAGUUUUGAAAGGAAGAAAGCUUUGUGAACCAUGUGGAUGACAAAGCAACCCCUAGAUAUCUAUCCACUAAGUCAAGGGUCGUUGUACAUAUGAAAUAGUUUGUUGUAAUACGUACUAAUAGUAGGUAAAAGAAUAUUUGUAAUAAUAAAUUUUUCACAAAUGGGUAAAAGUAAUAAGUUUUAUAGAGCAUGAUAAUAAGCAAGUCAUGUUUAAUCUGCAAUUUGUUAUUAUAUAAAUGAGGUAUAUAUAUUUAAACUUUUAAUAAAUAUAUAUAAAUAUAGACUAUGUAUUACUUAAGAAAGCCAAGUAUUUGUAUUUUGUUUGUUUUUAUUACUUUUUUAUUUAUUUAUUAUUUGUUGAGGUAAGAAAGAUUACACUUUACCUGUGAUAUUAUCUAAACUAGCUGUAUUGUGAGUGUAUUGAGGACACCUGAGUAUAUUGCAGUUAAUUUUGAUAUUUGUUAAUAAGAAAAAAACUGUAAUAAAAAAAUCUAGUUAAGAACUUGUGUGUCCAAAAAAGGGAGAAAGGUCGGUCUGCGUUUUUUUUUUUUUUUUUUCUGUAUUAUUUUUCCCUAAAUUUUACCCGCAGUAAAUCCAAAGGUAAUUUCGUUAUUUAAUAGUUUGAUGUAGGAAUUUUAAACAGUAAUUAUUUAAAACUGCCAUUCUUCCCGUCUCCCGAUUUUGUUCUCUUUUUUUUCUAUAAUAUUUUUAUUACAGUGUAUUUUUAUAUAUUUAUAUGUAUAUUAUUGAUUCACAUUUGUUAUACCUUAAGUGGACAUACAUGGAGUAUGGGAUUCAUACUAGUGUCUCUAUUGUGAUAUUUUUCUCGAAGACUGAUCUCGCUUUGCGAACAUAUAUAGAUUUAUUUUGUAAUCAUGUUUUGAAAAUACUAUGAUACUACAAUAAUAAAAAUAUAUCAAAUAAGACUUAUGGAGUCAUUUUUUGAUUUAAAUAGUGAGCGAAUUUGUAUUUAAAAAAAAAGCAAAAAAAAAACAAGAUUUUAUAUAUUUCCUUGUUGGACAUUGUACUGGGUAAACGGAAUUAAAUAUAAGGGGUUUUAAUGGCUGUUAUUGAUUAAAUAUUUAUUUUUUUUUUAAAUUAAUGAAUUCGGAAAUGUGUUUUUAAGACUACUGAAUUUAGAUUUUGUAGUAUAUUUAAAAACUAUUUUAUUAGGGAUUCGCUCACGGUAUAGUCAGAUCGCCCACCUUUCUCACUGGGAAAUGGCAUGCAAACAAGUCAAUAAAUAUGUUUGUAAUUAUUUAGAUGACAAGCGUGUAAAAGUGUAAUUUAAAAUUAUUGCUAACAAGAUUACCUCUCAUAAAGAAGUGUAAAAAUAUUUCACAACUAUUUUAUACAUUGUUGAUUUAUUAUUUAAUAUAUAUAAAAUAGAGGAAAAAGUUUUUAUUCUAUAAGACUUUCUUAACGGGUGAUAUUUUUUAUUAAUUCCUAAAGUAAAGAUUAAAAAAUGAAAAAAAAAGAUAAGAAGUUGCAGUAACUGAUUUAUUUUUGUUUUUGUUUUUUUACCAUGACAGUUCUAAGAUGAAUUAAAUUGUACUAGUAGUUAAAAGUUUUUUUACGACCCUUGUGUACGUGAUGGAUGCAAUUAUAUGUCAUUUUGUUAUUCUCUCUCUUCACAUUUUUCUAGAUUUAUCUGUAGAUGUUUUUUCUGUGUAAAUUUAAAAUAAAAAAUAUUUUACAAAAGACCAAAUAUAUUUAGGAGGAGAGAGGGAUGAUUGUACUAAACAGAAAAAUGCUUGCAAACUAUUACAUCUCCUCAAAGAUUUUCCUUGAAGUGCAUUUCUCAUAUGUUAUACAGUAUUAUUGAAUUAAAUUUAAAGAAUAAUAAAAAGCAUUCUCUUAAUAUAACUCUAGUUUCAUUU